UAUUGUUGGUUACCAUCUCACGCGAUCUUAAUACCUUGUACUUAACUCAGUGUGCUUCGCAUAAACGAACCGAACUAGCAACUGUUUCUAUGAUGUCUCAACAAAAAAAAGUUUGGGCGAUAAGUGAAGAUGGAACCAUCGAAUUCAUCUCGGUGACGUCAGAUAAAGUAGAGGAAACAAUUUCAAUGAUGAGGGAAGGAUUUAUCAAAUGCGAAAACAUAAUUGCCGCGGUAUUGGUAACUGCCUGUACAACUCAACGCAUCAAUCGGUACGUCAACAGCAACUUUCCCUCAUCUUUCGGAAAGUACCAACCCGUAAACCCUAGCCCUGCCAGCGAUGGCAAUUAUUAUAGUGGGGGGUAUAACGCUAACGCUGGACAACAAUAUGUAGAUAAUAGCGGUCGGUAUGUCCACGAUCCUAGUGGCGACUACGAUCCUGCGCUUCACCAGUACGAAGGGCGAUACAUCCAUGACAAUUCCGGUGAUUAUUUCCCGGAAAAAUAUGGCGGGAUUGUUGGAAUUGGCGGAAACGUCGGAGGCCAGUCGACACAGAACAGAUUUGCACCAGGCGUAGGCACCAACGGACCCGCCUCCUCAUUUUCAGCUCCAGGGUCAUCCGGAGCUGCAUCUGAGGCUGCAGCUUCUGAAUAUGUAUCACAAUCUGGAGCUGUGCCUGUUGGUUACCGAACAUCUGCGUCACAAUUCGAAAGCGCAUCUGGAUCCGUAUCUGCAGGAAAUGGUGGACAAUACGAUCCAAGCGGAUCUCAGAAUGUCGUAUCAGGGUCUGCAUAUUCCCAAUCGCCAGUCAACUACGGCAAAAACUAUUAUGAUAACGCGAGGUGGAAGAUUUUAAGGCAAGAGGGAGGAACUGACGAGGAUGGUUAUCACUACUUAUACGAAACCGAAAAUCAAAUUUACGGCGAAGAACAGGGAAAAGUUCACAAUAAGGGCACGAAUCAGGAAGCCCUUAGGGCAAACGGAGCUUUCCAGUAUGUGGGUACCGAUAACCGGCUUUACAGAGUAGACUACGUAGCGGAUGAGAACGGGUUUCAACCAGCAGGAGAACAUUUGCCGACACCACCCCCAGUACCGGAAGCCAUCGAAAGAUCUCUCGCUUAUCAAAAAUCGAUCGGGCAAAUCUAACCACCGUAAUAUUUUGUAUAUAAAAGCGCUUUUCGUAAUUAUCGUACUCAUCGCUGUAUGCUUAUAUAAACUGUAUUUAUUGUUUAUAGCUUAUUCCUCGUUAAUUAAAUAGGAGAAAAACAUUGAUUAUUUCAGUUCCGGUG